UCAUUUUUAUUUACCAAACCAGCUGUGCCACUGUCACAGUAACAUCGGCGCGAAAGCGUGCCAAAAUCAGAAACCCGAGAAAAAAAUGGACUUGCUCGCUAUUGUAAAAUAAACUUUUAAAGGCAAUCUUCUUCGAGAAGCAAACAAAUAUGGAGGCUGAUGCUAUAAGCAACGCCACUCCCACGGAGGAGAUGAAUGGGGCAGGGAACUUGAUGGACUUCUUGGACGAGCCCUUCCCUGACGUGGGCACUUACGAGGACUUCCACACCAUCGACUGGCUGAGGGAGAAGUCCCGUGACACGGAUCGCCACAGGAAGAUCACCAACAAGAGUAAAGAGUCCAUCUGGGAGUUCAUCAAGAGCUUGCUGGACGCCUGGUCUGGAUGGGUGGUGAUGCUGCUCAUCGGCCUGUUAUCAGGCACCCUGGCAGGCGUCAUUGACCUGGCGGUGGACUGGAUGACGGAUCUGAAGGAGGGCGUGUGUUUGUCGGCGUUCUGGUACAGCCACGAGCAGUGCUGCUGGACGUCCAACGAGACCACCUUCGACGACCGUGACAAGUGCCCUCAGUGGCAGAAAUGGGCCGAACUCAUGACGGGCUACAACGAGGGUGCUGGAGCGUAUCUGCUGAACUACUUCCUGUAUGUGAUGUGGGCGCUCUGCUUCUCCUUAAUGGCCGUGUCGCUGGUGCGCGUGUUCGCCCCCUACGCCUGUGGCUCAGGAAUCCCAGAGAUUAAGACGAUCCUGAGCGGCUUCAUCAUCCGUGGCUACCUGGGCAAGUGGACGCUGUUGAUUAAGACGGUCACUCUGGUCCUCGCUGUGUCGUCAGGCCUCAGUCUGGGCAAAGAGGGCCCGCUGGUACACGUGGCCUGUUGCUGUGGCAACCUCUUCUGCAGCCUCUUCUCCAAGUACAGCAAGAAUGAGGGCAAGCGCCGUGAGGUGUUGUCUGCGGCUGCUGCGGCUGGUGUGUCAGUGGCCUUUGGUGCUCCUAUAGGAGGCGUACUCUUCAGUCUCGAGGAGGUGAGCUACUACUUCCCCCUGAAGACUCUGUGGCGCUCCUUUUUCGCCGCCCUGGUGGCGGCCUUCACCCUGCGCUCCAUCAACCCCUUCGGCAACAACCGCCUGGUGCUGUUCUACGUGGAGUACCACACGCCCUGGUACAUGGCGGAGCUGGUGCCCUUCAUCCUGCUGGGCGUGUUCGGCGGCCUGUGGGGCACCCUCUUCAUCCGCGCCAACAUCGCCUGGUGCCGCCGGCGCAAGACCACGCAGCUGGGCAAGUACCCGGUGCUGGAGGUGAUCGCGGUGACGGGCAUCACGGCCGUCCUGGCGUUCCCCAACCCGUACACGCGGCGCAGCACCAGCCAGCUGAUCUCGGAGCUGUUCAACGACUGCGGCGCGCUGGAGUCCUCGCAGCUGUGCGACUACUACAACAGCCCCAACAUGACGCGGCCCGUGGACGACAUCCCCGACCGGCCCGCCGGACCCGGCGUCUACGCCGCGCUCUGGCAGCUGUCGCUCGCGCUCAUCUUCAAGGUCGUCAUCACCAUCUUCACCUUCGGCAUGAAGAUUCCGUCCGGGUUGUUCAUCCCCAGUAUGGCCGUGGGCGCCAUCGCCGGGCGCAUAGUUGGCAUCGCGGUGGAGCAGAUGGCGUACCAUCACCACGACUGGAUCAUCUUUAAGAACUGGUGCCGACCCGGGGCCGACUGCGUCACGCCAGGCCUCUACGCCAUGGUCGGAGCUGCCGCAUGUCUGGGCGGCGUGACGCGGAUGACCGUGUCCCUGGUGGUCAUCAUGUUCGAGCUGACCGGCGGCCUGGAGUACAUCGUGCCGCUGAUGGCGGCCGCCGUGACCAGCAAGUGGGUGGCGGACGCCUUCAACAAGGAGGGCAUCUACGAGGCGCACAUCCGCCUCAACGGCUACCCGUACCUGGACCAGGACGAGUUCACGCACCGCACGCUGGCCACCGACGUGAUGCGGCCGCGGCGGAACGACCCGCCGCUGGCCGUGCUGACGCAGGACAGCACCACGGUGGAGGACGUGGAGACGCUCAUCAAGGACACGGACUACAACGGCUUCCCCGUGGUGGUGUCGCGCGAGUCCGAGCGCCUCAUCGGCUUCGUCCAGCGCCGGGACCUCACGCUCGCCAUCAAGACAGCGCGCCAGAAGCAGGACGGCGUGGUGAGCAACUCGGUGGUCUACUUCACCGAGGACGCGCCCCAGCUGCCCGCCAGCUGCCCGCAGCCCCUCAAGCUGCGCCGCAUCCUCAACCUCAGCCCCUUCACCGUCACCGACCACACGCCCAUGGAGACGGUCGUUGACAUCUUCCGCAAGCUCGGCCUCCGCCAGUGCCUGGUCACGCGCAGCGGGCGUCUCCUGGGAAUCAUCACCAAGAAGGACGUGCUCAGACACAUGGCCCAGAUGACCAAUCAGGACCCAGAGUCCAUCAUGUUCAACUAGACCCCGCCCCACUCCACAGCACACUCCCAGUAUGGGCGCGCUGGCGCCGAGAACAAAUCACAUGCCUUCAAGGACAUCGGACAUUUGUACAUAGUGCAUUACUACUGUAACUUACCAAGCACUCACUCCAGAUCUCACUCACCAGUAGGUGGCUCUGAAGAGACCUCUUACAGGUAACAUAGCUGAGAGUGAGAGAGCGG